GAACGUCGCCGCCCGCGUUCCAAUUUCAAAUUCAAACUUCCAAUCGCGUUUGAAUUCGAAUUCACAGACAUUCCCCGAGAAAGUGAUCUGUGACAAGAUUCCGAAAAUCGGUGUUGCCAUAAAAUAAAUAAACGGAUUUUUGGUGAUAAUUUUGUUCGCUAUUGUCUUUCUUUCGAUGACUUGGCCGGAGUUUCGCCUGGGAUAAACAGAACUUUAUCAUAAACCUCUUUGGUACACAGAUAACCUAACUAAUGUCAUACGACAAGUGUCAGUACGGCCGCUUGUAUUCGCAAGUUUAGUGUUGUAUUUGUCGGGCAAAAUCGAACAGUGAUUGAAAAACUAUGAGGAUAGUAGCUUUAGCGAGAUAACGUUGAAUUUUUUUAAUUGUGAUUUUAAAAAUGGCGUCUUUUAUGUCAUAUGUGAGUUUGUGGACAGUGUGUGUUGGUGUGUGCCUGUUUGGGAACAUCUCGGGGUUGGACAAUGGGUUGGCUCUGACGCCGCCUAUGGGAUGGCUGGCUUGGGAACGGUUUCGAUGCAACACCGACUGCAAGAAUGAUCCUGAUAACUGUAUCAGUGACCGUCUUUUCCGGACAAUGACCGACAUCCUGGUCACGGAAGGGUACGCGGCGGCCGGCUACGAGUACAUUAACGUCGACGACUGCUGGCCCGAACGAGAACGGGACGCGCGCGGGAAACUUGUCCCCGACCGGGAACGGUUCCCCUACGGAAUGAAGAGCUUGGCUGAUUAUGUUCACAGUAAGGGCUUGAAGUUCGGCAUCUACGAAGACUACGGAAACUUCACAUGCGCCGGGUACCCGGGUGUCGUCGGCCAUUUGGCUGGUGACGCCGCAACUUUCGCGUCAUGGGGCGUGGACUACGUGAAACUAGAUGGGUGCUAUGCCCUCCCUGUGGAUAUGGACCACGGCUACCCUGACUUCGGGAGACAUCUCAACAGCACCGGGCGACGCAUGGUCUAUUCGUGCAGUUGGCCCGUGUAUCAGAUCUACGCUGGAAUCCAACCGAAUUUCUCAUCAAUCAUCGAGCACUGCAACCUGUGGCGCAACUUCGACGACAUCCAGGACUCGUGGGCCUCCGUCGAGUCUAUCAUAGACUACUACGGAAACCACCAGGACGUGAUCGUGCCCAACGCUGGACCUGGCCAUUGGAAUGAUCCUGAUAUGCUGAUCAUCGGCAACUUUGGGCUGUCAUACGAGCAGAGUAAAACCCAGUUCGCCAUAUGGGCCAUUUUGGCGGCGCCUCUGCUAAUGAGCGUGGACUUGCGAACCAUCCGGCCCGAGUACAAGGCCAUAUUGCAGAAUAGGAAGAUCAUCGAGGUGGACCAAGACCCCCUUGGCAUUCAGGGAAGGAGGAUAUACAAGCACCGAGGCAUUGAGAUCUGGUCGCGUCCGAUCUUGCCUAUCCAGGGGCAGUACUACUCGUACGCGGUGGCGUUCGUCAAUAGACGGACGGACGGGACGCCUUCCGACGUCGCCGUCACUCUGAGAGAGUUGGGGCUCAACAACCCUGCGGGGUACAGAGUUGAGGACCUCUACGAGGAUGUAGAUUACGGUGUGCUGUCGCCACAGACCAAGAUCAAAGUGAAAGUCAACCCCUCAGGUAGUGUGGUGAUUCUCAGAGCAGAUUCGCAACCCCCGUUUGCCUACAACGCGAUACCAACACGAACGCCGUACGCGCCACUCAACGACGUUUUCAGACUGACCAAGAAAUAAUUACAGCGCCAUCUAUGCUACAGUCCCAAAAUUGCAGAAAACACCACACUUUUGUGAUUGAUUGGGGAUCCCCAGUGUUUUAUGUCGUUCUCAUUAGGAGUUUUAUUUUGACCAAUGGAAGCUAUCCAUAAACAAUUAAAUAAUUCUUGAAGUACCUAUAGGUGCGUACAGAUUAUGUAAAAAUGUUGUUUAACUUUAAUCGUUAUAACUUUAACACGUCAACAUUAUGUGACAUUGUUUUAUAACUUUGCAACAUAUAACAAUAUUGUACAGAUCAGAAUAACUAUUUUAUAUAACAUUUAAAGUAACAACAGCCUGUUAUGUAACCUAAUACUUAACAUGUUUUAUAACAUUUAGUGUUUUAUUACUUACCGAAUGUUGUGUGCCAGUACUCGAUGUAAUAAAUAUAAAUAAAUAUAUACAGGACACAUUACACAUAUUGAGUUAGCCUCGAAGUAAGUUCGAGACUUGUGUUACGAGAUGCUAACUCAACGAUACUAUAUUUUAUAAUACAUACUUAUAAAGAUAAACAUCCAAGACCUAGGCCAAGCAGAAAAAGUUAUUUUCUUAUCAUGCCCUGGCCGGGAUUCGAACCCGGGACCUCUGGUGUCACAGACAAGCGUACUACCGCUGCGCCACAGAGGCCGUGUAAUGACUAGUCUAACCGUUUCUAUGGCGUCAAUAAAAUAGGUACCUACUUACUUCGUAUUAUUUUGUCUAUGUAGGUAGGUACUUAAAAAGAGAUUUACAAACAAAACCAAAACUGAAAACUUAAACACAAGAAGGACCACUCUCUCAAUUAUUAGUCCGUUAAAACAAAUAGUCACAA